GCGCGCCCCGUCCAUCAGCGGGGCGGGAGGCGGGCCCGGCCAAUGGCGGCCGCGUGUGGCGCCCGUCACCGUGGCGACGGGGCCGGUCCCGGGGAGGCGGUGAUGGGUUGACAGGUGCGUGACAGUCGGGAGCUUCUCCGCAGGCAUGUACGGCAAAGGCAAGAGCAACAGCAGCGUCCCGUCCGACAGCCAGGCCCGCGAGAAAUUAGCGCUGUACGUAUAUGAAUAUCUGCUCCAUGUAGGAGCACAGAAAUCAGCCCAGACAUUUUUAUCAGAGAUAAGAUGGGAAAAAAACAUCACACUGGGGGAGCCCCCAGGAUUCUUGCAUUCCUGGUGGUGUGUGUUCUGGGAUCUCUAUUGUGCAGCUCCAGAAAGACGAGAAACAUAUGAACACUCAAGUGAAGCAAAAGCCUUUCAUGACUACAGUGCUGCAGCAGCUCCCAGCCCAGUGCUAGGAAACAUUCCCCCAGGAGAUGGCAUGCCAGUAGGUCCAGUACCACCGGGGUUUUUUCAGCCUUUCAUGUCCCCCCGGUACCCUGGAGGCCCAAGGCCACCUCUCAGAAUACCCAACCAGGCCCUCGGAGGUGUCCCGGGGAGUCAGCCCCUCCUGCCCAGCGGGAUGGACCCCACACGGCAACAGGGUCAUCCAAACAUGGGUGGGCCAAUGCAGAGGAUGACUCCUCCAAGGGGAAUGGUGCCAUUAGGACCACAGUCUGACCCUUGGUUGUCGUUGCAGAACUAUGGAGGUGCCAUGAGACCCCCUCUGAACGCUUUAGGUGGGCCGGGGAUGCCUGGGAUGAACAUGGGUCCUGGGGGUGGUAGACCUUGGCCAAACCCAACCAAUGCCAAUUCUAUACCUUAUUCCUCAGCCUCUCCUGGGAACUAUGUGGGUCCUCCAGGAGGUGGAGGGCCACCAGGAACACCCAUCAUGCCUAGUCCUGCAGAUUCAACCAACUCUGGAGACAACAUGUACACUUUAAUGAAUGCUGUGCCACCUGGGCCCAACAGACCUAAUUUUCCACUGGGGCCAGGCUCAGAUGGACCCAUGAGCGGACUGGGUGGAAUGGACUCACACCAUAUGAAUGGAUCAUUAGGCUCAGGAGACAUGGACAGUAUUUCCAAAAACUCUCCCAGUAAUAUGAGCAUGAGCAACCAGCCUGGCACUCCCAGGGAUGACAGUGAGAUGGGUGGAAACUUCCUAAACCCUUUCCAGAGUGAGAGUUACUCCCCUAGCAUGACAAUGAGUGUGUGACCCGUUCACAAGUGUCGCCAUGAAGACCACAGUGAGUUGGCCCUCUCCAGAGAGCUACUGCAGAAGAAAAUUAUUCGUCCCAGUGUACAGUUUAACUAAAGGAUCCCAGACACAAUCAGACCCACCUGGGUUGUUUUUUUUUUUUUUUUUCUCUCCUACCAUCUCCCUUGUUUUGUCAAGAAAGUGGGUCCCAAACAUGCUUGAGACAACUGUAAGGAGUGGCAUGAGAGAAGUGCCCGAGGUGGAGCUGCCAGCGCCUGUCUGUGUGUGUACAUGUGUGGGUCAGCGUGGGGUGUGUGUGUGUGGCACACAAACACACACACACACACAGACCCCAGGACACUGUAAAAUAGGAUCACGCGACAUCUUACGUAGAAAUCAGAAGUAGGGACUUUUAUUCCAUUUAUUUUUUUUUUCCACGUUUACAUUUUAAUUAUUAAAAUUUGCUUUCCCUCUCCCAUACUGAACUGUUUUAUGUUGCAUAUAUCACUGCUUUAUAAGUUAUUUUUUAAGUUGAACUCAAAGGAUAAAUUCUUUUGAUUUUGUUAGUGUCUGCCAUUAUGGAUAGGAAUAAAAUUGCUUAUAUGAGCUUUCAUUACCUUGUGUUUGAUACCAGCUACCCUGUGAAUCACAAAUUGUACUGUCUCAAGAAAUAGAAGAAAGCUCAUCUUAAUUCUUUUGAGAAAUUUAAUAACUUCCACCUAGUUUGGGGAUUUUUUUUGAUACUUUGCCUUUAAGAGAAAAAAAGAAGCACUGAAGGUUAUUUUUCUUCUUUAAUUGAAGCCUAAUAUCUGCAAUAUCUAUUUUAAAUGGAAGCCUGAAUUUGAUACAAGCUUCUCAGUUUAUAUAGAGUACUAUAAGGUUACUGUAAGUGAGCUCUAAUUGCUAUAGAAUCUAGCAAUAAAGUGUCAGGGUUCUCCUGCCCUUGGAAUUGAGUUUUCUAUGUAGCAUGGUCUUCUGUAGGGGUGGUAGUUAGUGGAAAUACAGUAGAGUCCUUAUCACCAAAACAUUUUCUAACAACUUACAAUUAUGUUUCCCAUUUUCAGUGAUUCUCAAACAUAUAUGAGCAAUCCGUGUUCCUAAUUAAAAACAGUAUUUCCCAAGCCCAUUUAGAAAAUCAGGUCACCCUGCUGCUUGGGUGCGUGUUUUCUGCCAUAUCUGCAGAAUUAAUUCCCAAAAAACUUUCCAGUCAGCAGCCUUUUUUUUUUUUUUUUUUUUUUUUCCGAGCCAAAACGCCACAGUAAACUUUUUAUGACUACUAGCCUUGUGUGAGGAUGUUACCUUUUGCCAUGAACAGAAGAGGAAGAAAGGUCUGGGCCCUUUUACAAGGAGGACAUCGAGUUAGGUAGGAAAGCUGGGGCCAGAAUGCAGAAAAAGGCCUAAAGGAAACGCUUCUGGAAGCAUUCCCAUUUCUCUUCAGGCAGAGCUCUGAAACCAAGCUUAUAGUGUAUUUACUUAGUUCUGAUGAUUUUAAGCUCCCCCAAGAAAACAAAGGCUUUCAGUUUGUAGUGGUACAAAGGCUGAUGAUCAGCAAUGCAGGCACAAAGUGGCUCAGCAGAAAUUCAUGCCACAGACAAACAGCAAAUUCCUCUCCUUGGACUUUAAUCCAGAAAAGCCACUUGCAGAGGAGGAGCAGCUCUGGGAUGUGGUAUAUCCAGGUGCAAGGGGAUUCUCUUCCAUGGACUUGUGGUAAAGGAAUAUCACCCAUAUGUGAUGGGCUUGUGAUGGUAGCUGAAACGUAACAAGAUGUGUAAGGAAUACUACAGUCUCCUAACUAAUUUUUAUUUCCAUAUAUUAUAUGUGUAUGAUAUAUGGAAAUAAAAAGAUUUAACAUGUUACUCUCCUGUUAGGGCUAUUCAAGGAUGAAAGUCUCAGAGGAUUGUAUCAAAGCUUUUGGUAGCAUUACUUUUAAUAAGAACUACUUGAUUAGAUAUAAACAUGACCUAGGUAGUAAUUAUAUGGUUUUGUAGACUGUAUUCUUAUUGAUUAUGAAGAUCAUAUUAAUUUGCUUCUCUUUGGAAAACACAUUGUUGCUGUCUCCAAAGAUUCUGGAAGUCCCUGCUAUUGGCUUGAACCACAAACACAAAAUCAGGUGUAAUUUCUUCAGACCCUUUGCUGUUGUCACUAACACCACUGGUGUGUCCCCAUUACACCCAGAGUCCUUGCAGCCUGUGUUUGCCACCUGUGUUAUCUGUGGCAGCCUUCCAGGGACCCAAGGGCUCUUUCUGGCCCAGUUUCAGUCAGUUGAUGUCUUUGCUGAUGGACUAAGUUAGAUGGAGUAGUGCACCAAGUGCCAAAGCCCAUUCCCAGGUCAGUCAGCUGUUGGGCACCGUGGAAGGAUGGAAGCCUGGCCUUUAAACCUGUGCUUGGAACUGCUGGCACAGAUUGGAAAACAAUAUUAAAACACGUUAUCCUCACUUUUAUACAGGAGCAUAACGUCCUUCAGCACAUAACUGAUUCCCUGUGUCCUGCAUUUCUCACACCCACGCAGCCCCACAGGCAGCAGCUGAUGUCACUGAUGCUUUGUCCAAGGCUUACCCAGGCUCCCCACUCUCCCAGGUUCUGCAGCUGAACCAUUAGAAAACAAUCUUGUGUGCUAAUUACUCAAAUUCUAAAUAACACCUUUGGAUUAUAUUUUUCUUAAUAUGCACAGGACGUUUUGCUUGUUCAUUUUUCUUUCCUUGGCUUACAAAUUCUUGUGGGAUUUUUGUGGUAUCUGGGGUAUCAAUAUGGGAAGAAGGACUAUUCCCAAGCACUCAGUUUUUGCUCCCACUUAGAUUUUUUUAUGCUCCAGAUACCAGGAGCAAUGUAACUGCUCUUUGGUUCUGUCCUUGUGCAACAGCACUGUUGAUAAUGUUAGAACUUAUCCAGCUCUGGUAGGAAUUUUAAGUGGUGCAGGAUAAACUUUCUCACACUGGGAUUUUAGAUAGAUCUUGCUCUUUAGUAGAGAAGUAAAUAGAAGGUGAUUCUGUAAAUGAGUAUUUCAGGCAAAGUUGAAGUAAACCUUUUUAAAAACAGAAGUGAUUAAAUCUAAGAGUAGCAGAAGUUAAGAGUAAGAGAUCUCUUAUGCUGUGAGAACUCUUGCAAAUAUUCCAGCUUUGUAGAAAGCAGCUGAAACUGGAUUCACUUGUGAACUUCACAAUGAAACCAGGGUCUUACCUGCUGCUUAAACCUGAAAAGGAAUGCUUAGAUCCAGAUGUAUCUCCACAUCGCCCAGAUUGUAUUACCUAAGAACAGGGUUUGAGGCAAGGAAGAAACUGUCUGAAUCACAGGUAAAGCAUGUGGCCUGCAUGCAUUAACAAAAUACCUGGGUAUUUGCUUGUAGGGAUUACAUUCUGUUCUUAACUACCUGAGAAUGGGGAAAAACUGCAGUUUGGAACUUGCACUUCCAACCCCCAGAAAUUCCAUUUUUUAUUUGGAAACCCUCUGGUUGCAGAGCCUUGGCCACAUGUUCAGAGACAGUAACAACUUUCAGGCUUUUCCAGCCUGUUCCCCAUAGUGUAGGAUUAAAUGUUCCAUGUCCCAGGACAUCCAGCUGUUCCUUUCCCUUCCAACAGGAAUACUCAAUGAGAAAUACGUAGGCUAAUCAUUUACUUUAAAUAAUUCCACUUGGGAAGAAGUGAAUAGAAGCUUGCUUCUUUUAAGGAUCCAUCAAAGGACAGCUUCUUGAACUGCCUAAAACCAAUUGAAUUUUCCUCUGUUCUGUGGCAAUACUGCAUAUGCAAAUGAUUUGGAAUUAGAUUUAAUGAGGGACCAGCUGUUACAAUAUUUAGUGUUGAUCACUUUAUUCAGAAUGACUUUUCAGCUGAUGCAUGUUACACAGGGUCCAGUUUCUGCAUAAGUUAAUAAUUAAGUGUUUUCCUCUGUUCCAAGUGAGCUCUGCUCCACUGUUGUUAAUGUCAUGGCUGAGAAUGGACUGGAUUCUUCAUAUUUGACCCUACACAUUUGCAUUUCAAGAAUGUAAAAUAUACCUUAAUGAUGUAAAAAGUGCAGGUAAAUUUAUUUUUCUUUAAUUCACCAUAAGUGGUGAUAUAAUUGUGGGUGCUGUCAGAGACACACUUAGGUUUGCUCAGGCCUUAAGGACGGGGAAUCCUUACAAAGCACAUCUUUCAAAUAAACCCCUAUAAACUACUUCAACACUCAUAUCUCACACUGAGGAUCCAAUUCAUGAUUUAGUGGUUCAAAACAACUCUGGAAAUUCAGAAAUAAAUUAGUUAGGUUUAAAUUUUGCUGUAUGCAGCUCUCUCUACUUUUCAGAUAUUGGCACAGUUCUGUAAACUGCUGCUUGUGCUGAAACUUUCAUUUUUUGGGUAGGAUUUCACCCUAGUCUGGGUCAAAUAUAUAAUUUACCUGUGGUGUGACAUUAUUUGGCAGAUGUAAACACUGAGUACAUAGAGAAAAAUCCAGAGGGUCUGUUGAAAUUACCAAACUGAUGUUUCAACCUGAAAAAUGAGAAAAGAGAGUUUAAAAUACUGCUUAGAGUGAACUCCUGUAUAGUGUCUACAUAUUGGAAACAAAUUACAAUACCAAAUCUAGAAAAAAUAAAUGGAUCAUCUACUCAGCACAUGAAAAUUCUGAUCCUGCCAACCGCUUCACCUUGUUUUGAAUUUGAGCCUGCACAUAGUUAAUUUUAAACAGAUCUGAGAACAGGUAGUAUCCUUCAGGAAAUUAAAAAAGUAGGACUUUAAUAAUCUAAACCCAUGCUUGAACAUGGACAGUCUAGAGCUCAAAUUAAGUCUUUCCUAAGCAGACAUUAUUUUACAGAUUUUACCGGUGCAGAAGCAUGUUUAUGUAUCAAUAGUACUGACAUGCAGAGCAGAUUUGGCUUUCUUCUGUUUCUUACUUUACUAGAGCUUUGUUCACUAUUACACGAACUAUUUCUGUGAAUUUGUUCUUUCAUCUUGUUUUCAGUUGUGCAGCCAUAGUUUCCCUCAAAACAGCCAACAGCUUUGCAGUUUUAGUCCAAACUUCUGUUUGGUUGCUGUUCUUCAUUUAAGCUUAAAAUGUGUAAGAGAGCCUCUCAUGUAAUAGGAAAACUUGCCAUAAAAAUGUAUAAAGGUUUUCUUGGGUACAUGUUUUCAAAUUUAAUAAAUGCAGUUUUCGGUUAUAA